AUGUUAGAGUACAAUAUUAACUUCAAUGGUCGAUUUUGUGAGAUUGAUAUAGAUGAAUGUGCUCUUAUGCCGAAGAUAUGCAACCACGGAGUGUGCGUAAACGUCCCCGGUUCAUACCAGUGCUACUGCAAGCCAGGUUACACGGGUGAUAGUUGUGAGCAAGAUAUAGAUGAAUGUCUAUCUACGCCCUGUAAGAAUGGUGGUUCAUGUCAGAAUCUCGAAAAUAAUUACGAGUGUACGUGCGUGGAAGGAUUUGAAGGCAAAGACUGUUCAAUAAACAUAAAUGAGUGCGCGACGAACCCGUGCGCGGCGGGUGCGACGUGUGUGGACGGGAUAGCGAGCUAUUCCUGUCUCUGUCCCGAAGGACUCACUGGAGCCAGGUGUCAGAUCGAUAUUGACGAUUGUGAGUCUGAACCGUGUCUUCACGGCGGCUACUGUGCUGAUGGAGUUAACAGUUUCACAUGUGAUUGUACGGGUACCGGGUAUAAUGGACCCACCUGCGAAACUAAUAUUGACGAGUGUGCGCCGCAACCUUGCAGGAAUGCAGCCACGUGUAUAGACGACCUAAAUGAUUAUCAUUGCAUGUGCCAUCCGGGAUUUACUGGUAAAAAUUGCGAAAUCGACAUCGAAGAGUGCGAAAGUAAUCCAUGCAAAUACGAUGGCAUAUGUCUCGAACGAAGUAAUACAAGUUUGUACCAGACGCCCGAUUCUCCACCCGUGCUAGUGGGUCCGCAGCCGCAUAUGCUAUUACCACAAGUGUUUUAUCAGCCGUUCUCACUCGAAAAUGCUGGAGGUUUUGAGUGUGUUUGCGUGACCGGCACAACUGGACCUCGUUGCGAGAUAAAUAUUGACGAAUGUGAAUCGUCCCCUUGCGGACACGGCAAGUGCGUGGACGGUAUCGGCGAGUACCGGUGUGGUCCCUUUAUCUGGGGGCCCGAAGAUGCUUGGACCACUUUCGUUUUGGCGCCCGGGUACGAGGGAGAACAUUGCGAGAUUGAGAUCGAUGAGUGCCUUAGGUACGCGCCAUGCGCUCACGGACGUUGCUACGACGGGCACGCGUCGUAUAUGUGUCUAUGUGAACCGGGUUGGGGUGGACGAAACUGUUCAGUUGUACUACGAGGCUGUGCAGAUUCACCCUGUGCUAAUAGAGGCAACUGCCUUCCUUGGCUCGCCAAUGAGACAGACCAUCGCUUCAACUGCUCGUGUGCGCCGGGAUUUUAUGGGACUACGUGUGAAAAGAUAACAACUAUGUCUCUGGAAAAGAGUAGUUUUGUGGAAGUCAACACAUCGCGUGAAGAAGGUUAUGACAUCUCUUUCCGGUUCAAAACUACCCUCGGAAAUGGUCUAUUGGCAAUGGGUCGAGGUCUCACGUACUUCUUCUUGGAGUUGUCAAACGGAAGACUGAAUCUUCACUCCAGUCUAUUGAAUAAGUGGGAGGGAGUUUUCAUUGGAUCCAAUUUAAAUGAUAGUAAUUGGCAGAAGGUUUUCGUAACAAUCAACUCGUCACACGUGGUGCUAUCAGCAAACGAGGAGCAAACAAUAUACCCGAUAAGUCAGAAUGAAGCCUUCAACGCUACGGUGACGUCAUUUCCGUCGACACGGCUCGGUACGACGGGCUCUUCGUACGGAACGUUAACGCACGGACCGAAUUUCUUCGUUGGAUGUUUUCAGGAUGUCGUCGUUAAUCAACAUUGGGUACUUCCAGAAGAUUCGAAUACAACUGUACCCGAAUUCAGCACGGAACGUGUGGGGUCAGAUUGGGGUGAGAAAGAGACAGAGGAGACAGAAACAGAAAUGGAUCCCGAGGGUCAAGAAGAUGAAGGUCCUAGGGUGGUGUUGAGAGGAGUUCUUGCGUCCUGCCCCCGAACCCCGCAGUGCGAGCCUAACCCAUGUCACUCUGGGGGCCAUUGCGAAGAUGCUUGGACCACUUUCGUGUGUUCAUGCCCCCGGCCGUAUUUGGGACAUACUUGCCAGUAUAAUUACACUGCGGCAACGUUCGGGCAAGAGUCAGCCCGACGCCACUCAGUGGUAGUGGUGAACGUGUCGGAGGCAGCUCGACGCGCAGUGCACGCGGCACUCGACAUCUCCAUGUUCGUGCGCACGCGCAAGCCAACGGGGCAGAUAUUCCAUCUCGGAUCCGGCGCUAGCAGAUACGGCGGUACCGAUGAGACUUUGGUAGCGGCGUCUCUGAAGGGUGGUGAGUUGUUGGUACAUCUGCGGUUCAACCAUACUCCUGAAGAUUACACUGUGGGGGGUACCAGGCUCGAUAACGGACACUUGCAUCUGAUACAGGUGGUACGAAAUUCAACACUGGUACAAGUGAAGUUGAACGGCACUGAAUACUUUAGGAAGUCGAUAUCAGCUGCUAAGCAACUUGAUGCACAGAUACUAUACCUCGGUGGUCCACCAACACCAAUUGUGCCCACCGAAUCGACUCUUCUUCCAAACACAACACAAGCGCCCAUCCCCGAACCAGACGAUUCCGAGUACUUCAAAGGUGUCAUUCAAGACGUCCAAAUAUCAAAUGGACUGAAUGUAACCAUUGUGGAAUUUUUCCCUUUGCGAGUCGAGGGUGUUUCCCUCCCCCCUCCAUUUGGGGAGGUGGAGCUCGACCCCAGUGGGGUUUUAGAGGGCGUAGUAUCGGAUGACGUGUGCGCGUCUACGCCCUGCCAUCAUAACGCGACGUGUACUAAUACGUGGAAUGAUUAUAUGUGCACCUGUCCGCGUGGUUACAAAGGAAAGCAAUGUGAUGAGGUCGAGUUCUGUCAGCUGCAGGGUUGUCCGCUUAACUCACACUGCCGAAACCUUGACAGAGGAUAUGAGUGCGUAGCGAACGCGACAUUUGACGGUGUGAACACGACGCUAACGUACACGUUACGUACGCCCGCAGCGGACGCACUCGCUGAGCCCGUUGACCUGCCUCAAACGCUCACGCUUACGUACAGGAGCAAAGUAGGCGGCACUUUAUUCCGCGCAGAACUUGACGAGUCAGAGCAAGACUCUGAGAAGAACACGACCAAUGGUAUAUCCUGGUUCAGUGUGGGCGUGUACAGAGGACAGGCAGCUUUGCAAUGGCGUCUUGGUGGAUUACCUGCACUACGUACGCUGCGCACGCGCAAUGACGCGUUACAUUGGACAACGUUAAGACUGACCUUCGUCGAUCAACAGAUUAAAGGUGCAUUCAUAGACGGCGAAGGCCGUGAAGAAGUUACCCUCACAGAUAGUAUUGACGUGGCAGCUUGGCAGCGAUUGGUCACCCGUGGGGUUAUAACCCUCGGAGGAAUAGGACACGCGAGGACACGACCACACCCCACUGCUACCACUUAUAUGACGGACAAUACGACGGAAACAGUGUGGGAAUAUUCAGAAGGUGAUGAGUUCGAUGACAAUCUUAAUGGGGAGUACUUCAAGGGUUGUCUCGGCGCGGUACACGUGGGCGGAUUGCUCUUACCAUACUUCACAGAAGAGGAAUUAUUUGUAGGCGCCGCCGCAGCCCUACUCGCUGCUCAGCCGUAUUACGCGUUAUUAUCCGGUUCGCCAUGGGGUUGGAGUGAAGGUGUCGGCUGUGUGUUAUGUUUGGAGCAAGAAUGUCAGCGUGGAGCGCAUUGUGAGGACGUUAGAAAUAGUUACUCUUGCGCAUGUCCGGCUGGGUACGCAGGGGAUUACUGCCAGAUAGAUAUAGACGAGUGCGAGAAUAACCAAUGUCAAAAUGGCGCGACUUGUAAGGAUGACGUUGCCAAGUACUUGUGCCUUUGUCCGAAUGGAUAUGAUGGAGUGUUCUGCGAACAUGAUAUAGACGAAUGCGAAACAAGCCCGUGCGCAAACGGCGCACGUUGUAUCGACCUGCCCGGCGCCUUUGAGUGCGAGUGUGGCACCGAAUGGACCGGCCCGCGUUGUCAACGACCGAAGCAUCGCUCGUGUGCGCAUACCCCUUGCGCUCAUGCAACGUGCACGGAUGUAUACGAUGCGUCUUCUGGCAAUAAUUACACGUGCACGUGCGAGGAGGGCUGGACGGGCGUGCAUUGCGAACAGGCUUUGUGUGAGAUCGAACACUGCGAGCACGGGAUAUGCAAUACUACUAUAUCGCCUCCGUCAUGUUGGUGCGAAGAAGGCUUCGCGGGUCGUCGUUGCGAGCGUGAAGUGGACGUGUGCGCUACGGGACACACGUGCGAACACAACGCACGAUGCCGCACUAGUAACGGACGAGCUCUGUGUGACUGUCCACCCGAAUGGCGCGGCGCCCAUUGCGAAAUAGAUGUGGACGAAUGUUUGGAGCAACGUGUUGACUGCGGACCCGGCGUUUGUCGAAAUCUGCCUGGAUCAUACACGUGCGAUUGUGAGGCAGGCCUAUGUGGCGACGGGUGCGCCCUACCCGACCCUUGUUACGAGGUGUACGACGAGGGCGGGGCCAACCGCACGGGCCCGUGCCUCAAUGGCGGAGAUUGUACGCAACGGUGUACGAAUGUUACGGACUAUAUCUGUGAUUGUACGCAACCCGCUACUGGCAAGGAUUGUGCGCAGCUCCUGACAUCAGAUGAAAACGAAGGUGCUGAUACCACGACGAUACUAUUAUCGGUGGGCGGGGCGCUCCUAGGGGCGUUGAUACUUGGCGGAGUAGUCGCAGUGUUGGCCACGCAAGCCCGACGCAAACGUGCGACGCGCGGUACUUAUUCGCCAUCGGGACAAGAGUAUUGCAACCCAAGAGCUGAAAUGAUGCAUAAUGCGUUGAAACCACCACCCGAAGAGAGGCUUAUAUAG